GACGGGGCGGGGCCUCGUGCUAACGGUCGCGCGCCCGUCGCACCUGCACGAGGCUGUGGCCCGAGCAUCCUGUGGAGAAGCCGCGAAGCGCCGGCGACCCGGGGGUCGGGCGGGCCUGGUCCGCGAAGCUGCGGCUGCCUCUGUGCAGGCCCGGGGAGCAGCCGGCCGGGCGAGCGUCGGAUUAAAAAAAUGGCAAACUCCUUUGCAACGAGGACCUUCACUACCCUUUCAGAUCUGCAGCCAAAUAUGGCUAAUCUGAAAGUAAUUGGUGUAGUUAUUGGGAAAACAGAUGUCAAAGGCUUUCCAGACAGAAAAAAUAUUGGAUCAGAAAGGUACACUUUCAGCUUCACCAUUCGGGAUUCACCAGCACAUUUUGUAAAUGCAGCUUCCUGGGGCAAUGAAGAUUACAUCAAGUCUCUUUCUGACAGCUUUAGGGUUGGUGACUGUGUGAUAAUUGAAAAUCCCCUGAUCCAAAGAAAGGAAAUAGAAAGAGAAGAAAAAUUCAGCCCUGCAACUCCUAGCAACUGUAAACUAUUGCUCAGUGAGAAUCACUCAACAGUAAAAGUUUGUUCCAGUUACGAAGUGGACACAAAGUUACUUUCUUUGAUACAUUUACCUGUUAAAGAGUCUCAUGAUUAUUAUUCAUUGGGUGACAUUGUUGCAAAUGGACACAGUCUUAAUGGGAGGAUUAUUAACGUGCUGGCAGCUGUGAAGUCGGUUGGAGAGCCAAAAUACUUUACAACUUCAGACCGGAGAAAAGGCCAGAGGUGUGAAGUUAGACUCUAUGAUGAAACAGAGUCUUCUUUUGCAAUGACAUGUUGGGAUAAUGAAUCCAUUCUACUUGCACAGAGCUGGAUGCCACGAGAAACAGUAAUAUUUGUCUCAGAUGUAAGAAUAAGUUUUGACAAAUUUCGGAACUGCAUGACAGCAACUGUAAUCUCAAAAACCAUUAUUACAACUAAUCCAGAGACGCCAGAAGCUAACAUUCUACUGAAUUUUAUACGAGAAAAUAAAGAAACAAAUGUUCUGGAUGACGAAAUUGAAAGUUAUUUCAAAGAAUCCAUAAAUUUAAGUACAAUAGUUGAUGUCUAUACAGUUGAACAAUUAAAGGGAAAAGCUUUGAGGAAUGAAGGAAAAGCUGAUCCUUCCUAUGGCAUACUUUAUGCCUACAUUUCCACACUCAACAUUGAUGAUGAAACUACAAAAGUAGUUCGAAACAGAUGUUCCACCUGUGGUUAUAUAGUAAAUGAAGCAUCUAACAUGUGCACAAUUUGCAACAAAAACUCCUUGGACUUUAAAUCUGUCUUUCUCAGUUUCGAUAUGCUGAUUGAUCUGACUGAUCACACAGGCACCCUUCAUUCCUGUAGUCUCACAGGAAGUGUUGCUGAGGAGACUUUGGGCUGCACGGUAAAUGAGUUUCUUGCAAUGACAGAUGAACAGAAAACAGCAUUAAAGUGGCAAUUUCUCUUGGAAAGAAGCAAAAUUUAUUUAAAAUUUGUUGUAUCACACAGAGCAAGGAGUGGAUUGAAAAUUAGUGUGCUCUCGUGCAAGCUUGCGGAUCCCACUGAGCAGCCACAAAGAAAACUGCUCAACUUCACACCAUUGAGAGUCACUUGCUUCAGGGCACAGACUGCAGCCUGUGAAGACCCACCGCUAAGGUCAUUGUUGACCAACAUCCUGGGAGGUUUGACCUGGUACUUUAGAAGGCUACACGUCCUCCACGACAGGAUUGGAAAAAAGGAAAAAGUGCGGCCACAGAGGAGGGAUGCAGGUUCACCCCUACGUGUCCAAAUUGUGGUGAUAAGGUAACGAACGACUUGACCUAGUUGUGCAGAACAGGCCUUACAUCCUUCCAUCCUCCCUUGGGAGAAAUGGCGGCGGGGGGGGGGGGGGUUGUGAAGCAAGGUGAAUGAGGAGGGUGGAUAGGGAAGGAAGGAGAGGAGAGAAGUGAGGGUGCCAUGGCUGGUGCUGGCUUGGCUCCCACUGUUGGUUCAGCAAGAGUGGGUAUGGUGCCCCCUCCACUGAGCCCCGUGUCCAGGAGCUCAGGAGAUGCCACCUUACUUGGUUAAUUUUAAAACAUUUUGUAGAGACAGGGAUCUUGCCAUUUUGCCCAGGCUGGUCUUG